UCAGCAGCAUUAUCCUCUCCAGGAGAGACCAAGAGUGAACAUGCUUCUUGCCUCAGCUCUUCUUCUCCUUCUCUUACUAUGCCUGUUCUGGACAAUACGGUUGAAAGGAAAAUCUAAGGUCCAUCCAAACCUGCCACCAGGUCCUCCUCCAUUGCCAGUAUUUGGUAACAUUCUCCAGAUAAAACCUCGGAGGCUCUUGCUCUCACUCCAACAGUUCCAGGAAGAAUAUGGCCCAAUAUUCACCGUAUAUUUUGGAUCCCGACCUGCUGUAAUGCUUUGUGGGUAUGAUAUGGUAAAAGAAGCCUUACUGGAUAACAAGGACGUAUUCAGUGGAAGAGGGAAGAUGCCGUUGGCUGAAUAUGUUCUGAAGGGAUAUGGAAUCAUAGGCAGCAAUGGCGAGCGCUGGAAACAAAUGAGACGUUUUGCACUGACCACCCUUAGAAACUUCGGGAUGGGUAAGAGGAGUAUAGAAGAAAGAAUCCAGGAGGAGGCGCAAUUUCUUGUGGAGGAAUUCAGCAAAAUGGAAGGGAAAUUGUUUGACCCUACUUUUCUCCUUGGCUGUGCUGUAUCCAACAUCAUCUGCUCCAUUGUUUUUGGCAAGAGGUUUAGUUACAGUGAUGAACAUUUUCUGUCUCUUCUCAAGAAUAUCACUGGGGUCAUUCGUUUCAUGAAUUCUGGAUGGGGUAUGAUUUUCUACUACUUCCAUGGACUUUUGAGCCAUAUUCCUGGUCCUCACCAGAAAGGUAUUCAGCAUCUAAUCGACCUGAAAGCAUUCGUCCAAGAGAGGGUAGAUGAGAGUAUGAACACCCUCAACACGGACACUACACGCCACUUUAUUGACUGUUUUCUGGUCAAGAUGCAAAAGGAUGAAAAGAAUCCAGACUCAGAAUUCCAGAACGAGAACAUUGUAGCUUCUUCCAUAAACUUGUUCUCUGCUGGGACAGAGACUACCAGUACCACCCUUCGAUAUGGCUUCCUCGCUCUCCUAAAAUAUCCUGAAAUUCAAGCCAAAAUCCAGGAUGAAAUUGAUCAUGUGAUAGGGGAUCGUUGCCCGUCAGCAGAAGACCGAAACAAAAUGCCCUACACUGAAGCGGUCAUCUGUGAAAUCCAGCGAUUCAGUGACAUUGUUCCCACAGGGGUCCCCCACUCCACUACAGAGGACAUCUCAUUUCAUGGCUAUACUAUCCCUAAGGGCACAGAUGUGUUCAUGUUAUUGACUACUGUACUGAAGGAUCCUAAACAGUUUCCACAGCCAGAGGUCUUCUCACCAGAACGGUUCCUGGAUGACAUGGGUGCAUUAAAGAAACAUCCAGCUUUAAUGCCAUUUUCUGCAGGAAAGCGAAUUUGUGUGGGAGAAGGCUUAGCUCGUAUGGAACUCUUCCUUUUCUUGACCUCACUCCUCCAGAAGUUUACCCUAACCACGGUGGCAUCUUCAGAUGACAUAGACUUAAGUCCGGAGUUUAGCAGUGCCGGCAAUACGCCCCGUUCCUACAACAUGUCUGUAGUCCCCCGUCACUAGCAGUUCACAUUGCAACUACCUGUUUUAUAUUUUAUUUUUAUAUGAAUAAUUAGAAUAACAUUACUAUAUUUAUUGUGAGAGAUUUUUGUAAUAUAAGUUAGAAGAUUUUUUUUAGUUGUUUUCAAUCUUUAUUCAUUAAUGAGUUCAAAUUUAAAGAAAUUUGUCCUUGCUUUAAAGAUAGGUCAAAGAAAGAAAGAGGGAGACCCCACAAGGCGCCUAGCGCAUUAUCCCUGAUAGAUCAAAUAAAGCAGAUGGAUGGUAUGUGCUCACCUGGAGCGCAAAGAAUAUGCGCAUAUAACCCAAAGCAAUGGGCAAAAGGCGUUCUAUAGAUUCCCCUGGAGGAGUUGCGAAGCUGUGGGAAGGUGGAUAAGGGCUGGUGUCCGUCCACAAAUAAUAAGCUAAA